CAGCCAGCGGGGGAGUCCUUGAAAGCGGCGUCCAACACGUGAGCCUCAUGUGAUGCACUUCGCAGUUGCUCGGUGUGUUUGGAGACGAGGGACGUGCCCGGAGUCACAGGACUUGCUCGGCACGUAGGCAUCGAGCCACACGCCCAUUCCUCGCGCACACUCAGUCUGACCGACUACUCGAGUCCGUCAGAAUCAGUGCGCGCACCUCACAGCGGGACAAACGCGCGCGGUGCCCACGGCUCCCCACGGGACAGAAAGAGAAGAACGCACGAGAUACGGAAUACCGAAAUCGUCUGGGGGAUUUUCCCCCCCACAUCCCCCGCUUCGGAUCGCUUCUAUUUGUUGUAUGUUUGGAGUCAUUUGACUUGUUUUAUUUGAGCAACAUGGAGGGGAUUACGAGGGCGCAACCGCCACCGUGUGUGCCCAAACACGCGUCGCUGGAUAUCGCCGACAUGACGGGGGUGGAUUUUCCCCUGUACGUGUACAAGUCCAGAAGGGGUGCGAAACGAGGCGAUGAGAGCAGGGAGACCUACAAGUUGCCGCAUCGACUCAUCGAAAAGAAAAGACGAGACAGAAUCAACGAAUGUAUUGCCCAGCUCAAAGAUUUGCUGCCGGAGCACCUCAAGCUUACCACGCUGGGUCAUUUGGAGAAAGCGGUGGUGCUGGAACUCACUCUGAAGCACGUGAACGCCUUGAACACCCUGCUCGAGCAGCAGCAGCGGAAGAUCGUGGAGCUCCAAAAGGACUUGCAAAUAAGCGACCACGGCGGCGACGACCCAGAGGUCAGCGAGCAGAUGUUCCGUUCGGGUUUCCACCUGUGCGCAAAAGAGGUCCUCCACUAUCUGGCUCGCCGAGACGGCAGUCAGGACCUGAUGCCGUCCCACGUCAUCGGCCACAUCCGCAAGGUGGCUUCGGAGGUGCUGCAACAUCAAAGCGACCCGCACGUCGGCGAGUCCGUCUUUCAGAGUUCGGAGAAACCGAAGAAAGCCGCGGCGCAGCCCUCCAGAGCCGCCGAGGGCCCGUCCAAGAACUGCGUUCCCGUCAUUCAAAGGACUUGCCCCGGCGGUCUGGGCGAGCAGAGCGGCAGCGACACAGACACUGACAGCGGCUACGGGGGCGAACCUGACAAACGUGACCCCAAAUCCCGCUGGUCGGACAGCCACAGAAAGGAGGUGGAGCUCAAGCGCACGGCGGCCGACGGCGUCAAGCAGGAGGGGGGCGAGCCUCGGACCAAGAAGUCACGGACCGGCUCCUCUGAGGACGAAAGCCUCCCCGGUCCUCCAGCCGGAGGCCCCGGCAGCUACGUGGCUUUCUCCCCCAACCAGCAGCCGCUCUGCCUCCCCUUCUAUCUCUUCCCCCCUGCGGCUGCUGCGGCGGCAUACCUGCCCGUGCUGGAGAAGUGCUGGUAUCCCGGCGGCAUGCCAGUCAUCUAUCCUGGCGCGAGCGCCUCUGCUGCCAGCUUGCCCCCAGAGACCCUCUCCCCACCUCUGGUGAUGUCCCAGAGGGCGGGGUCUCCACUGGUCCGCCAGAGCACCAUGGACUCCCCUCGACUUCACAAAGCUUCACAACGGGGCUCGCCGGGAAACUUGGAAACCAAAGAGUAAAGCGACUUUGGCGUGUUAGCAGUAGAGGAGCGAAACAAAGCGAAAGAUGUCCGCCACCUUUUUAUCAUCUGCCCCCCCCGAAGCGGCUUCCCGCGGGUUGUUGCACGACUCUGAAACACUGUGAACCUGCGACAAGGAGAGUGCAAGAGUGUCGCGGAGACCCUCUUCGCUGCGCUCUGUGCUGAAUGUCACAAGUUAAUCCAGAAUGUACACACACACACACACACACACACACACUCUACGAUGAAUGUAAGGAUUAAACAAAAGCCCCUUGUACGAUACAGUAGAUGCUGCUCGGACUCAUUCGAUCUGCUGUAGAUCCAAAAACAAGAGAUCUACUGAUAAUGUG